AUGGCGACCUCAAUAACUUCGAUUCUUGUGGGCCUGCUUUACGCAAUUGGCACCACAGCACUGGAAAAUGGCGUGGGAAAGCUCCCUGCGCUUGGCUUCAACACAUGGAAUAUGUACCAAUGUGACUACACUGCCGACAUUUUGCUUGAGCAAGCUAAGGCCAUGGUCGACCACGGUCUUGUCAAGGCAGGAUACAACACAUUUAUGCUGGACGACUGCUACAGCCUCAAGGAGCGAGACGCAAAGGGAAGAAUUGUAGAAGAUCCUAAAAAGUUCCCCAAGGGCAUGAAGCACUUCACCAAGUCUCUCUCCAGGCUUGGCCUCCGAGCGGGCAUCUACAGCGACGCGGGAUACCGUACCUGCGGCGGGUUUCCUGGCUCCUACGGACACGAGGCCCAGGAUCUCGAAACCUUUGCCGACUGGGGGUUCAGCUACCUCAAGUACGACAACUGCUACAUCCCCUUUGACAACGUGACGCAAGAGAACGUGUAUGGGCGCUAUGCGCGCAUGGCCGAUGCCAUUGCGGCUCGCGCCAAAAAGACCAAGUCGCAGCCCUUCCAGCUCGCGCUCUGCGAAUGGGGCUGGCAGCAGCCGUGGAUCUGGGGCGGCCGGCUCGGCCAGUCGUGGCGGAUAGGCGGCGACAUCCGGCCGUGGUGGUCUGCCCUGUCCAGCAUCAUCAACCAGGCUAGCUUCAUCGCCAGCGAGACGCGGUUUUACGCCCGCAACGACCUCGACAUCCUCGAGGUGGGCAAUACCAACCAGGGAACGCCGCCAGGCAACUUGACCUACGACCAGGCCAAGUCACACUUCACCGCCUGGGCGCUCCUCAAGUCGCCGCUGCUGAUCAGCUCCGACAUGAAGACGGCGUCCAAGGAGACGCUCGAGAUCCUCGAGAACCACGACAUACUCAAGAUCAACCAGGACCCCAACGUCGGCGAGGCCAUCGCGCCCUUCCGGUGGGGUCUGAACCCUGACUACACGUGGGACCCGGACCACCCGGCCGAGUACUGGACGGGCAACUCGUCGUACGGGGUCGUGUUCAUGGUGCUCAACACGCAGGACACGCCGCGGCAAAUGUCGUUCAACCUGACCGAGAGCUGGGCCAUCCGGGCGGGCCGCCUGUAUGAAGUCUACGACCUGUGGUCGCACACCAACAACGGCACCGCGUACCGCAACAUCUCGCUCACGCUGCCGCCGCAUGGCGUCGCUGCCCUGCUGUUGAACGAUGCCGGGCCGGAGCCGGAGGGACUGGAGCCGUAUUGUGCUGGAUACUGGCAGUGCAGCUUCCCCAACGGGACUUACUACAGCAACUAG